AUGGAGACCUGUCCGCCAGAGAUCACUCACAUCAUCGCAGAAUACCUCACAAAACGUGCCCUCCUCCAUUGUCUCCGCGUCUCAAAAACCUGGUCCGAAAUAUUUAUUCCUUUCCUCUGGCGCAACUUUUACGCCCAGGAACCCAGACAGCUGCGGGCAAUCGACACCCCAGAAUUUUCCGCAGCCGUCCUCCGUCAUGGCCGACAUAUCAACUCCCUCCAUCUCGGAUCCUACUGGCACCUCAAGCCCUUCCUACAGGAACUUCCCCCUCCUAUUUCCCCAUCAAAGGCUCCAUUGGACGACAAAUAUACCGCCAGAACUCCUACCCAUAUUCCUUGCAAUUGCGUUCAGAACCUCCGCAAGUUCGAACUGUCGAUACGGCGGACAAAGAAAGAGAAGACAACCAACAACUCUGACCUCCUCUUGAACCUUUCAACAUCCCCAACACCUAUAUUCACAUUCUCUCUGGACGUCUCUCUUGAUGAUCCGCCUCUUGUCUUGUGGUGGCUCAAGAAUAACCCGCACAUCCUCUCCCUUGAAUUCGGAGGCUUCAACUUUGAGCUGGAAUGGCUCCUAAAACGUGACAGGUUGCUCAUCGGUCCUUCUUCCUCCUCCUCUUUCUCCUGCGCGCCGCUUUCGUCCUUGACCCAAUUGACCCCCAAUCUCAAGGACCUCGCCCUCCGUUACUAUCAUACAUAUCAUGGGCAACUCUUUCGAUGCAAGGGCGAGCCGCUUGCCAGGUUCCUAUUUCAAGUGCCCGAGACGGUCGAAACAUUAACUCUGUCAGGAAGAUUGGAGGAUGUCACGGAUCAAACGACCCCUUCCACUUUGGCACCAUCCUCACACCCGGUCGUCGACACUACUUCUCCCACCAAAUGCACCAACCCCACAAACAUUGAAGAUCAUCCUCCAACCCACCCACUCGCCGUCCAAAGGCUCUCUCUAGAGUUGUUUACGUUGUCAGAGGACAACCCACAACACAAGACUUUCCUUCAGAGUUUGGGCUCACUCUUGCGUCGAUGUGUUCGUCUGAGGGAACUAUCACUAGGUAUUCACAAUACCAAGCAUCAAGACGCGAUUGUGAGUCACAUCGUCAGUUACUUGGCGGAGGCAAAGAUGCUGACCACUCUUUCAGUGAAAGACACACUCGCGGAUAGAACCUUGGCGCGGCUCUUGGAUCGCACACGACUGGUCAAGGAAGUCGUCGACACCAACAACACCAACUCGACGGAUGUGGCGAGACUUCGAGGUGACGAACAGGACUCGCAGGAUCAGGGGAAGGAGGAUGAGCAGUGUGGAUGGAGAGUGAUCAAGCUGAACAGCUAUACCACCUUGGGUCCUCUGUCGUCGGCAGCAUUGGCAGCGCAAUUCCCAACCCUCAAGUCCCUGGACGUUCUCAAGUGCCACUCGUGCCCGAGCCAAGUUCUAGCCACCCUCCUUACAUCAUCGCCGGGGCUGGAGACCCUAACGACAAUCAAGAAUCGCAAGGGAGGUUCCGAUGACUAUGAAUAUAGCUACAACUUUAUCGACGUGAGGCACCUUAUGGAGAGGGCUCCGACGAUUAGCAACGGAAAUACAGGACAAGCGGCGACUGGAUGGGCUUGUACAGGAUUACGGACGUUGAAGGCGGCCAUCACCAACAUCCCCCGGCCGGAUUGCGAAAGGACUCAUUACAGAGCGCGUUUGAUGCCCGCCAGGAAUGGGACAGAGGGGCUUGCAGGAGAUGUCGAGGCGCAGGCUUUGGGGAUUCAGAGAGAGAUCUGUCGACAGUUGGGUAGGUUGAAACAGCUGCGGGUGUUGUGGCUGGGGUAUGAGACACGCGACUUUAAGAACCUGGAGAACUAUCGAGUCACCCUUCCCGAGCGUCGAGAGGAGCUUGAGCUGCCCAAGAAGGAUCCAAAUGACGAUGAUGAUGACGAUGAGGAGGAAGAUGUUCCGAUGGGUGAGGACGAAGAAGAAGACGAAGACGAGGGUGAGGAAGGCGAUGAUGGCGAUGGCGAUGAGGAAGACGAGGAAGGUGAAGAGGAAGAUGAUGAUGAUGAGUACGACGAUGGGUAUGACUCUAACACGGAUACAGACAAGUACGGCAACCCGUUGAUGUAUCCACUCAUGUUCCUCAACCCCGACUUCCAAUACUCCUGCCUUCCUCUGUCACUCGCGUCAGGACUGGAUCUGAUGUCUAAUCUCAAGGAACUGCGCGAGUUGAAUGUCGAGCAGAUGGCGCAUCGGAUCGGUCUGGAGGAAGUGCAGUGGAUGGUGGCCAAUUGGCCCAGGCUGAACAGGAUUAUCGGGCUGAAUGUCAAGGAUGAGUCGAUUAAGGCUGUAGAGUGGUUGAAGAAGGCGCGGCCUUGGAUCGAGCUGCCCGAGUCAGUCAACAGCAUGCGGCAGAGCACCUGGGACUACUAUUAUCCACCCAUGCGUUCCUAUUGA